CUGCUUGUAUCGUAUGAUUGGUUGCCGCAGAGGCUCCACAGGGUUGAAAACAUUGAUGGAUUUUUCAGUCAACAGGAUGACAUUCGCGAAACACCCCCAACGCACGUCUGCCAUUUCUGCCCACGUCUCGCUAUGGUUGACUGGCACGAUCCUGACCUCGAAGCUAAAUUGAGGACACUUUCAGUACAGUUGUUGUAUGCUAUCUUUGGCUUAUACGGUUGGGAAUACAUACGCUCCUCACACGUGGAGAUGUCGCUGCUUCGGAGGCAGCUUCCAUUUCGAUGGACUUUGCUCUCGUACAUUACCGCCAGAUUCAGCUUCUUGAUUGUAACAGUUUUACUCGCGAUGCAAUUCAGCCCAUUUUACAGAAGCGUUGAUUGUCAGAGCAUGAAUUACAUCAUCAUGUUGACGACAAACAUCGCCCUCGGUUGCUCCGCAACAAAUCUAAUGAUCAGAACGUGGCUUAUCUGGAAGACCAGUUAUCUGCUGCGCCUCUUCCUAGUCCUCCUCUCGCUAGGUUAUUGGACAAUGCUCACUCUCUUCGUUGUAACCGCUCGCACAUCUACCAUAAAUGGGGUGUGCAUGAUCAGCUAUGUCAAACCUGCAUAUGCUAGUGCGGUGGUCAUAUAUACCAUGUUGUACGACUUGGCACUUUUGGUCUUCACCAUCAUCGGACUUCUGAAGAUGUCAUCGCCUUCUAUGCUAUGGAAGAAGCUCGUGAAACAAGGGACGAUAUAUUUUAUCCUCAGUGUGGUAGCAAACCUUAUCCUACUGGUUUUCAACCGUUUGGACCUGAAUCCUAUUAUGAAUUCUAUGUUCGCAAUACCUGGGGUGUGCAUUUGCACUAUUGCAUCUAGCCAAGUGGUCCUCUCGCUCCUCCGUCCUUCGUCCGAUUAUGAAAGUGACAAAGCGUCGUCGGCUAAAGCGCCUGCGCUGACGAGUGACUUGACCAUUUCAGGGUUCUCACCCGUAUCUGAAGCCUAAGAAGGUAUUUGUGUAAACCACCCAAAUUACUACACCGUCCCUAUGUAGUAUGUACAUAGUUUCAUGAUUUGUACUUCGUCUUCGAUGUAUGAUAGUGCAUCCUAGCUAAACUUGUCUUGUCUUAUCUCUGAUACAAAAAUCGAAUUUUUGAUAUAAUAGACUGCCUAACUAUAG